AUGAGUGAAACUGAUUCAAAACCAAUUGUUACCCCAGAAAAUGGAAGUAAUGAACAACCACCUAAACAAAAGACUGCAAAAGAAUUAGAAAAAGAAAGAAAGAAAGCUGAAAAAUUGGCUAAAUUUAAUGCUAAAAAGGCAAAACAAACAUCCACACCACCACCAGCUAAAUCAGAUGAACAGAAGAAACAAAAACCUAAAAAGGAAGUUGAACCAAUACCUGAAUUUAAAGAUGAAACAAAACCUGGUGAAAAAAAAAUCUUAGUAUCAUUAGAAGAUCCAUCUUUUAAAGCUUAUAAUCCAAAAAAUGUUGAAAGUUUAUGGUAUUCAUGGUGGGAAAAUCAAAAAUAUUUUGAACCUGAAUUAACUGAAUCUGGAGAAAUUAAACCUGAAGGAUGUUUUUCUAUCCCUUGUCCACCACCAAAUGUUACUGGAGCAUUACAUAUUGGACAUGCAUUAACUGUUUCAAUUCAAGAUACUUUAAUUAGAUGGAAUAGAAUGCAAGGUAAAACCACUUUAUUUAUUCCUGGUUUUGAUCAUGCAGGUAUUGCAACUCAAUCAGUUGUUGAAAAACAAAUAUGGGCAAAAGAGAAAAAAACAAGACAUGAUUAUGGACGUGAGAAAUUCGUUGAAAAAGUUUGGGAAUGGAAAGAAGAAUAUCAUAGUAGAAUUAAAGAUCAAUUUAAGAAAUUAGGUGCUUCAUAUGAUUGGAGUAGAGAAAGAUUUACCUUAAAUCCAGAUUUAUCCGAAGCAGUUACUGAAGCAUUUGUAAGAAUGCAUGAAGACGGUACUAUUUAUAGAGCUUCAAGAUUAGUUAAUUGGUCAGUGAAAUUAAAUACUGCAAUUUCAAAUUUAGAAGUUGAUAAUAAAAAUAUUGCAGGUAAAACUUUAUUAGCUGUCCCAGGUUAUGACAAUAAAAUUGAAUUUGGUACUUUAACCUCAUUCUCUUAUCAAGUUGAAAAUUCAGAUGAAAAAAUUACCGUCGCUACAACUAGACCUGAAACUAUAUUUGGUGAUACUGGUGUAGCAGUCCAUCCAAAUGAUCCAAGAUAUAAACAUUUACAUGGUAAAUAUGUAUUACAUCAUUUUAUUGAUAGAAAAUUACCGAUUAUAACCGAUUCAGAAGCUGUCGAUAUGGAAUUUGGUACCGGUGCAGUUAAAAUCACUCCAGCUCAUGAUCAAAACGAUUACAAUACAGGUAAAAGAAACAAUUUAGAAUUUAUAAAUAUAUAUACUGAUGAUGGUUAUCUUAAUGAAAAUUGUGGACCAGAAUGGAAAGGAAUGAAAAGAUUUGAUGCUAGAGCAAAAGUUAUUGAAGAAUUACAAAAGAAAGGAUUAUAUGUUGAACAAAAAGAUAAUGAAAUGACCAUUCCAACUUGUUCAAGAUCAGGUGAUAUCAUUGAACCACUUCUCAAACCACAAUGGUAUGUCAAUCAACAAGAAAUGGCUAAAGAUGCUAUAGCAGCUGUCAAAAAUGGAGAUAUUGUAAUUACCCCAAAGACUUCGGAGUCUGAAUAUUUCCAAUGGUUAGAAAAUAUACAAGAUUGGUGUAUAUCACGUCAAUUAUGGUGGGGCCAUAGAUGUCCAGUAUACUUUAUAAACAUUGAAGGUGAAGAACAUGAUAAAUUAGAUAAUGAAUAUUGGGUUUCUGGUAGAACUGAAGAAGAAGCAUUAGAAAAAGCCAAUAAAAAAUUUGCUGAUAAAAAAUUUACAUUGGAACAAGAUGAAGAUGUUUUAGAUACUUGGUUUUCCUCUGGUUUAUGGCCAAUUUCAACUUUGGGUUGGCCACAUGCCACCAAAGACAUGGAAUUGUUUAGUCCAAUGUCAAUGUUAGAAACUGGUUGGGAUAUCUUGUUCUUCUGGGUUUCAAGAAUGAUUUUAAUGUCAUUAAAAUUGACUGGUAAAGUUCCAUUUAAAGAAGUCUUUUGUCAUUCAUUAGUUAGAGAUGCUCAAGGACGUAAAAUGUCCAAAUCUUUGGGAAAUGUUAUUGAUCCAUUAGAUGUCAUCACAGGUAUUCCAUUGAAAGGUUUACAUGACAAAUUAACUACUGGUAAUUUGGAUCCAAGAGAAUUGAAAAAAGCAAUGGAAGGUCAAAAAUUAUCAUAUCCAAAUGGUAUUCCAGAAUGUGGUACUGAUGCUUUAAGAUUUGCAUUAUGUGCUUAUUCAACUGGUGGUAGAGAUAUUAAUUUAGAUAUUUUGAGAGUUGAAGGUUAUAGAAAAUUCUGUAACAAGAUUUAUCAAGCUACAAAAUUCGUUUUAGGUAGAUUAGGUGAUGAUUACGUUCCGCAAAAGACUGCAGAAUUAACUGGUAAAGAAUCAUUAGUUGAAAAAUGGAUAUUGACCAAAUUAACAACAGCUGCUAAAAAUACCAAUGAAGCUUUGGAAUCACGUAAUUUCGGUGAUGCUACUAACUAUAUAUAUAAUUUCUGGUAUGAUUUAUGUGAUGUCUACAUUGAAAAUUCAAAAUCAUUAAUUCAAGAUGGUACACCAGAACAAAAAAAAUCAGCUCAAGAUACAUUAUAUACAAGUAUUGAUGGUGCAUUAAGAUUAAUUCAUCCAUUUAUGCCAUUUGUAACUGAAGAAAUGUGGCAAAGAUUACCUAGAAGAGAAGGUGAUAAAACUGAAACAAUUACCAAAGCAAAAUAUCCACAAUAUUCAAAAGAAUUUGAUAAUCAAGAAGCAUUAAAUGCUUAUGAUUUAGUUCUUGAUAUUACAAAAGGUGCUAGAUCAUUAUUAGCUCAAUAUAAUAUCAUAAAGAAUGGUCAAGUAUUUGUUGAAUCAUCAAAUGAUAAAAUCUUUGAUAUUGCAAAAGAUCAACAAGAUUCUAUUGUUUCUUUGAUUAAAGGUGUUGAAAAAAUAUCAGUUGUAAAAUCAUCACAAGAUGUACCAUCAGGUUGUGCAUUACAAGCAAUUGGUCCAGAUUGUACUGUUCAUGUAUUAGUAAAAGGUCAAAUUGAUUUAGAUUCGGAAAUUUCCAAAGUUGAGAAAAAAUUAAAUAAUGCUCAAGAAUUGAAAAAGAAACAAGAUGAAAGUAUUAGUAAAUUUACUGAUAAGACUAAACCUGAAGCUAUUGAAAGUGCAAAACAAAGAUUAGAGAAAGUUGUUGCAGAAAUUGAAGGAUAUGAACAAACUAUAGCCAUAUUAGAAAAAUUAAAAUUAUAA